AUGUCGUUCUCCGAAGACAAGGCCAGACAGAAGCUCAACCAGCUCGACAACACACAGCAGUCGAUCCAGACUACGUCGCAGUGGUGUCUCUUCCACUACCGGCACUCGGGCGACAUUGUGGCGUUGUGGGUGACGAUGUUUCUCAGCCCAGACCCGGCGAUCGAGCAGUCGGAGCCCAACUACAGACUCGCCAUGUUCUACCUCUGCAACGACCUUGUGCAGUUUGCCAAGAAGAAGGAGGCCAAGUACAAGUCGUACUUGGACGACUUCCUGCAGAUCAUGCCGCAGAUCAUCGAGAGCGUUGCGUCGGACAGCGCCAACGCCCACUUGAAGCAGAAGUACUCGAGGGUGUUGGACGUGUGGAGAGAGCGGGCGGUCUUCCCGAGCGGGUUCAUCGCCGAGCUGCAGAGCACCCUGAACGGGGCGUCGACAGGGAAGGCCGCCGCCGCCAGCGGUGCAAGAGAGCCCGACCGGCGUGAGCAGCCUGACCGGGCGUUCAGAAUCAGACCCAAUGCGUCCGCCAGUGCCAACGGCAACGGCGGCGUCCACCCCGCCGCCGCCAACGCCGGCCCUCCGCAGGACCCGGACAGCCACAUUCCGGGCGAGUUGGUCACCACGGUGCAUAAGUACCGGGCGCUCGACGGGCUCCACAAGUCGUACAAGGCCAGCUACAUCGAGUUCAACAGGCUUGCGUCGAAGCUGCUCACGGAGGACGGCGGGAACCAGGCGCAGAAGACGACGCAGCUCAACAACCUCUUGAGCUCGCUCUCGUCGUUGCAGAAGGGCCCGGCGGCGCCCGACGCCGCCGCCGGCACCGACACCAGCGUCUACGAGAGCACGGGCACGGAGCUGCGGCGCCUCGAGGACGCCGAGAAGCUCGGCCUCAGCAUCGAGGCCCAGUCCAAGGACAUCGCUGUGCUCCGCACAGACUUGGCGACCGAGCUGAGACGGCUGGCCAGCGAGUUGGACGACUGGGUCAUGUUGGACCGCAGCAAGCAGCAGCAGAUCCGCAAGCUCGUCGCCGACGUGCGGGCCAAGAAGGACGAGCUGGCCGCGGAGCGGGACAACGUCGCCGUGUACCACUACGGAGACGACGCCGGCGAGAGCGUGCCUGCCUACGCCGACGACAACGACAGCGACAGCGACAACAACAGCGACACCGACACCGACACCCCCGACCCCGACACCCACGCCAAGCGUGGCCCUGCCGACCUCGACCCCGCCGAAGACGCCGACCCCACCGCGUCCCCGCCCUCCCCCAAACGCACCAAGAAAACCGUCUCCUUCGCCAACGACACCCAGACAAGGGUCUUCGACAAGGACGACUCCAUCCAGCCCUCCGAGUCUCCCAAGUCCCCCGAGUCCCCCGAACCGGCCCACCCGGCCCAACCGGCCCACCCGGCCCAACCGGCCCACCCGGCCCAACCGGCCGACCCCGCCGACCCCGCCGACCCGGCCUCUUCCUCCAACGACCACGACCUCGAGGCUCUUCUGGGCAUGCUCCACUAG